CCACUACAAAAAAAGUCUUCAUUGAUAGCACAUGACUAUAGCACGUUUUACUGAACUGCUAUCAUAGAUGAGUCUAAAAUUUGCUUAUUAUAUAAUAGGGUUAAUUAAACGCUAUGGUAGAGUUUCACUAAGCGGGAACCUAAAAUUAGCUUUACCGCGGCACACUUAGUGAAAAAAAGACUAAUCUGAUUAUUUUCCCUCUCUCCACUCGCGAAAUACCUUUCUCUUUUUCUCAGUUUCCCCUCUUUCUCUACUAACCCUAAAAAAAUUAGACCACAAUCUCCAUCACUAAAACCCUAAUCCGCUAAUCCAGAACCGUAAUUGAGCUCCCCACAUCCAUUAUUGUCGAUUGCGAAGGUAUCGAAGAUUGAGAUUGCGACAUCUCUGUUGAUUUGUUAUCUCAAAUGGAAGAGAUGUUUUCUGCUUGCUUCGAUUUCGUCUUUUCUUUCUUUCCUGUUUGAUUUGCGUUCCUGCUCUACGUUCUUUGCUUAGAUUUCCUGUUUUAUUAUAUUCUUGACAACAUUUAACUUGAUUCAUGAUUUUAUCGAUUUCGAUUUACAUUAUUUGUUACUUUGAAUGGUUCUCUAUGUUACUAAAGGUUUGAAUGUAGGUUUUAGAACAUAGAUGAUGGAUAAAGACUGGGUUCAUCUGAGCAGGUAAUGAAUUUUAUCAUAUAUGUUAUGUUUCAGUAUGUGUUUAGUCACUGAGCUUGUGAAUUUUUGUUCAUGUCACCGAAGAGUCGAUCCUGCUUAUGAGAGAGGAGCUACUAAGUUUGUACGGGAAGUGGCUGCAGCUUCGGGAGGAAUUGAUAUGAUUGUCUGUCCUUGCAUUGACUGUCGUAACAUAGAUCGUCAUUGCGGAAGUGUGGUAGUUGCUCAUCUUGUUACUAGAGGAAUGGAGGAGGCUUAUAAGAAGCGCACUGAUUGGUAUCUGCAUGGAGAGUUGAGCUCAGUGGUUGCAGAUGAAAGAAGGGCAAGUCAAUGGAAUGAUGAGAUCAUUGGUUUAUACAGAGCCGCUGAGUGUUCUGAUGAAGCUUUAGCUGGUACGGGGGAUGUCUUUGAGAUAGCAGAGGGAGAGGACAAGAAAGAAGAUGAAUUUUUGGCGAAGCUAGCUGAAGCUGAAACACCUUUGUAUCCUACAUGUGCGAACCACAGCAAGUUAUCUGCAAUAGUGUCAUUAUUUAGAUUGAAGACUCAGAAUGGAUGGUCUGACAAGAGCUUCAAUGAACUGCUAGAGACGUUGCCGGAAAUGUUACCAGAGGAGAAUGUGCUGCACACUUCACUGUACGAGGUUAAGAAAUUUUUGAAAUCAUUUGAUAUGGGUUACGAGAAGAUCCAUGCUUGUGUGAAUGACUGCUGCCUAUUCAGAAAGAAGUUGAAGAAGCUUGAGUACUGUCCAAAAUGCAAGGCAUCGAGAUGGAAGAGUAAUAUCCAUACUGGUGAGAAGAAGAAAGGAGUCCCACAGAAAGUAUUACGCUACUUUCCAAUAAUCCCACGGUUGAAGAGAAUGUUCCGGUCUGAAGAAAUGGCUAAGGAUCUAAGGUGGCACUUCAGCAACAAAAGCACUGAUGGGAAACUUCGACACCCUGUUGAUUCAGUCACAUGGGAUCAGAUGAAUGCGAAAUACCCUGCCUUUGCCGCUGAAGAAAGGAACAUGAGGCUUGGACUUUCAACAGACGGAUUUAAUCCAUUCAACAUGAAGAAUUCUAUGUACAGCUGCUGGCCGGUAUUGUUAGUCAACUACAACUUGCCACCUGAUUUAUGUAUGAAGAAGGAGAACAUAAUGCUUUCACUGUUGAUUCCUGGUCCACAACAGCCCGGUAACAGUAUAGAUGUCUACUUAGAGCCUCUCAUUGAAGAUCUAAACCAUUUGUGGAGCAGUGGAGAGUUAGUGUACGACGCGUUUACUCGAUCAACUUUCACACUGAAGGCAAUGUUGCUUUGGACGAUCAGUGACUUCCCAGCUUAUGGGAAUCUUGCAGGCUGCAAAGUGAAGGGAAAAAUGGGGUGUCCUUUAUGUGGGAAAAACACAGACAGUAUGUGGCUCAAGUACAGCAGAAAACAUGUGUAUAUGUGCCACAGAAAAGGUCUGCCACCAGCUCAUACUUUUCGGGGAAAGAAGAAGUGGUUUGAUGGAAAAGCUGAGCAAAGGAGAAGGGGGAGAAUUUUAACCGGCCUUGAAAUUUCACAAAAUCUCAGAAAUUUCAAGAAUGACUUUGGCAAUGUUAAACAUUCUGGGAGUAAGAGAAAAAAGAUGGUCUGUACGGAUUUAGAUGAAGAGGAAGAAGAAGAGGAAGAUGAGGAGGAAGAGGAAGAAGUGGAAAUAGAUGAGGAUGAGUUAUCUAGAUGGAAGAAAAGAUCUAUCUUUUUCAAGCUACCUUAUUGGGCGGAACUCCCGGUGAGGCACAACUUAGAUGUUAUGCAUGUAGAGAGAAAUGUGGCUGCUAGUCUAGUUUCGACAUUGUUGCACUGUGGGAAAUCCAAGGACGGUCUUCCGGCUCGUAAAGAUCUUGAGGAUCUUGGUAUAAGGCAGGAUUUGCACCCUCGCAUACAUGGAAAACGAACAUAUCUUCCUCCAGCCCCGUGGUCUUUGUCUAAGACAGAGAAGAAGAUAUUUUGCAGGAGGCUUUUUGACUUCAAAGGGCCAGAUGGAUAUUGUUCCAACAUAUCUAGAGGUGUUUCGUUAGAUGACUGUAAAGUCACAGGGCUGAAAUCACAUGACUAUCAUGUGUUAAUGCAGCAACUUCUUCCCAUUGCAUUGAAAGGGCUGUUACCUAAAGGACCGAGACUUGCCAUUUCAAGGUUAUGCGCAUUCUUCAAUCUGUUGUGCCAGAGAGUUAUUGAUAGAGAGCAGCUUCUGGUUAUGGAAGCGGAGAUUGUAGAGACGCUUUGCUUGUUUGAAAGAUAUUUUCCUCCAAGUUUCUUCGAUAUCAUGGUCCAUCUGACUGUGCAUCUAGGAAGGGAGGCCCGGCUUGGUGGACCUGUCCAUUUUAGAUGGAUGUACCCAUUUGAAAGGUACAUGAAAGUCCUCAAAGACUUUGUUAGAAAUCCUGCUAGACCAGAAGGGUGCAUUGCUGAGUCUUAUCUUGCCGAGGAAUGUAUGAAGUUUUGCAGUGAUUUUCUCAGGAAGUCAACAAAUGUACAAGAUAAAGUAGAGAGAAACAUGGACUAUGAGAACAGCUCUAUCUUAGAGGGUCGUCCAAUAUCAGCUGGCACAUCAGUUACACUCACUGAAAUGGAGAAGAAAAUAGCACACCUUGCUAUCAUCCAAAACCUUGCUCUCGUCGAACCUUUUGUAGAUGAGCAUCUCCAGUAUUUACAAGACUCAGAUGACAGAUGUAGGAGAGAUGCAUCCAUCUUAUGGAGUAUGCAUACUAAGAAUUUUGCUUCAUGGCUAAAAGAACAGGUGCCUCUUGAUUCUAAAGAACAUGACGAAACACUCAAGUGGCUAGCCUAUGGUCCACGUUCUUCAGCUAAGUCAUAUACGGGCUAUAUAGUUAACGGUCAGAGGUUUCACACCGCAUCAGUUGAUAGAAAAAGUCAGAAUUCUGGGGUUUACUAUGAGGCUACAGCAGUUUGUAGAUCUAGUGCGAAAGAUACAGCACAGGUGGUUGAUUGGGUUUCCUACUACGGCAGAGUAACUGACAUCAUUCUGAUAGACUAUAAUGUCUUCUAUGUUCCUCUGUUUCGGUGUCAUUGGGCUGUAAAGGGUAAUGGAGUGAAGAUUGAAGAUGGGUUUACACUUGUUAACAUGAAUCAUAGUCAAGCCUCUUUCACAAGUGAUCCUUACAUUAUGGCUUCUCAGGCGAAGCAAGUCUUUUACUCAAGGGAAAAUGAGACUUCUAAUUGGUAUAUUGUAAUGAGAGGUCCUUCAAGAAGAUAUAGUAAAGAAGAUAUUCAAGAGGGAAAUGCUGAGAUUGGUCCACUGCCUACAAAUAUUGACAUGGAAGUCGACAAUGAUGAAGCCUACGAAGUCAGAACAGAUUGUGAAGGAAUAUAUGUUUGAAACGUAUCCUUACUUUAUGUGUUUGUUUUGUGUUUCUUUGCUUCUGUCUGUGCUUGUUUUUUGCUUGUUUGCUUCUGUGUGUGCUUGGUUGUUGUUUUGUUUAGAGUUAACUUUUUCCUGCUCAAAAUUUGAUGCAGGUAAAUUGAGAUGAGACGUGGAAAAAAGAAAGGAGUCAGUAAGGCAAGAAAGAAAGUAGUACAAGAAGAUACAGAAGUUGAGUUUAUCUGUACUUUACCUGGUGAAGGGGUAGACCAAGAUGAAGUUGUUCAAGAGCAUGCAGGAGCUGAAGGUGUUCAAGAUGAAGGUGUUCAAGAGCAGGCAGGAGCUGAAGGUGUUCAAGAGCAGGCAGGAGCUGAAGUUGAUCCAGAACAGCAAAACCAUGAACAGAGAAACGAUGAACAACAACAGACAGAAGAGCCUGAAGGUGAAGUUGAAUUAUCUACUAAUGAAGAGACUGAAGUUAGAACCAACCGUAAGAGGAAGCGUGGACCGACAAGAAUGAAAGACCUAGCCAAAGACCCAAAUUCCAGAGUUCAUGUUGAUUUCAAUGCCAUGGGAGAAGCGUAUGGUGAAGGUUCAGUGAAGUUGUCUUCGUAUCUAGGUCCAUUGGUUAGGGAGCAUGUUCCUGUCACAGUUGAAGGUUGGAAAAAACUCUCUGAAGAAGUGAAGACAGUUCUCUGGAAAUCUGUGCAGGCAAGGUUUGAAAUUGAUGAAGACUACCAUAGGGAUGCAGUGCUUAAGCAGAUGGGAGCGUUGUGGAGAUCAUCGAAGUCACGUCUUGUCACCCAAAUCAAUGAAUCCGAUAAUAACCAACAAAGGAUGAAGCUCAGACCAAAAAAUGUUCCUCCGGUUGAGUGGCGCAAAUUUGUGAAGUUGAAAACAAGCCAAGAAUUCAAGGUAUGUAUUUUGAGUUGAGUAAAAUAUGUUUUCAAAGUACAUAACAUAUUAACAAUCAGAAGUUAUGAUAGGCUGUGAGUGAUAGCUACAAGGAGAGAAGACGCAAACAGAUGCCUCACACUUGUAGUCGGAAGGGAAUGGUUAGACUAGCAGAAGACAUGGUACGUAUUCUUUCUUCUCGUUGUUUCAUUUUCAAUUGGUAUAUUGACAUACAAUGUUUCCAUAGAAAAACAGUUCUGAUGACCCAUCUCAAGUGACAAGACUUAAAAUAUGGGUUAAGUCUCGUACCCGAAAAGAUGGAACUCCUAUAAACACAAAUGCGGCUGAAAAGAUUGUAAGUGAAAAACAUAAAUUAUGGUUUGCUAUAUCAAAUGCUUUUCAUAUUAAAAGAAUCGUUUGUUGUCUGAUGUACAGCAAAAGGCAGCUGAGCUUGGUAGUGGUGCCAAUCCAUCGUCUGCUAAAAAUCAAGAUGAGGAUGCACUCGUCAAGCUGUUAGGACCUGAUAAUCCUGGUCGUAUGAGAGUAAUGGGCAGAAAUAUGAGUAAGACCAAGUUAGCUUGCUUCCAAGUUAAGCACAAGACUAUUUCUGAAAUGCAAGAGAAGCAAUAUGAACUCCAGGAAACGGUUAAUCAGUUAAAGGCUGAACUAGCAGCAGUGAAAAACCAGGUCAUAUAAUAUUUCUGUUUAUACAUUGAGAUAGUAGGUGAUAACAAAAUAAUAAGAAUUUUUUUGGUUUAACUUACAGAGAGAAGAAUAUGAAGUUGGUGAAAACUCGGCUGCAAGGAGUGUGAACAAAAAAACAGAAAAGAAGUGUCUUAUAAUAGAUUGGGCUGAUGAAGAUGGCAACGUUGGUGAGGGCCGUAUUCUCUCUUCAGACCCAAACGAUAUAGUCAAUGACUGUCGUUUAGGACCUACAGAUGUUAAAGUAUUGGUUGACUCUGCUACUGAACCAGAAGCUUUCCUCUGGAGACCUGCAAAGAACAUGUGCACGAUUCAGGAAGCUGUUGGCCAUAUUAUUGCAUGGCCUAAGAGUAAAUGUGUUGAACUAGGCCAGGGCCUCCAACCAGAAGAUAUUGCCCCACUGGUAAAGUAUUUUGGUCCAUUCUCUUACUAGUUAAUGUACUGAGUAGGCUCUUACUGAUUUUGUACUGAGUAGUUAAUGUACUGAGUAGGCUUAAACUGAUAUUGUAUUGUCAUUGUCUGAUAGGGCUCAAGAUCAAAUUCUCUCAACAAAUGCAAACUAUUGGAUUUAUCCGAUGAUAAUGUAGUUGUUGGUGAAGGACGCUGGCAGACGCAAGAACCAAAAGCUUUGGUGAAUGGACUUCCUCUCGGACCAAAGGCAGUAAAAGUUUUUCUGGAUGUUGUACAUGAACCUGAAACAUUUUUAUGGAGGCCUACGUUGGAAGUGGCAUACCUUGAGGACAGCGUAAUGACUUUUAUAUCAUGGCCCGCUCACAAAGUUGUAUUCGAAAACCCGGUAGAAGCAAGAAGAAAAGUGUCUCCGACUCCAAAUACUGCAGGUCUUAAAGUUCCUUCUCCUGGGUCUACUGGAAGCAGCCUUAAAAAAAAUGGAAAAUCAAGAGCAACAACAUCAACUACUCCUACUGUGAAGUCUUCCUCAAUGCCGGUAACAUUUUAUUCCUUAGGUUUUCCUCUAUUAUUAUUUGUCUUACUGACUGAGUACUACAAUGUUUUGUAUUGUAAACAUGACAGCUAAAUGAUGGAUCCCAACCUAUAAACGUGAAUCAGAAGUGUAAAUUGAUGGACAUCAGUGAGAGGAAACAAGUUGUUGCCGAAGGACGUGUGCAUUCAACAGACCCAAAUCAGAUGGUUCACUUUGUACGAUUAGGUCCGAACGCAGCUAGAGUGUGGGUAGAUGUAGUGUUGGUAGAUGAUGCAGACGUUUGGAGGAAGUCUGAUGAAAUGGAGAGCUUGAAGGAUGCACAUGGUUCUUCUAUCGCAUGGCCACUUGAUAAAUUGGUCAUAUUUUAAGAGGAACAGGUAAGUAAUGUGCUUUUUCUUUACAAUCUUUCUGAUGCAAUUCCUAAACUGAUUAAUAGAGGUUUUGAUUGUAGCAACUUGGGGGAAUGAAGAAAUCUGGUCCAGCCUUUAAACAAGGCUACUGAACUUAUAAUUAUCUUAUGUGUAAGACUGUGUUUUCUGUUUUCAAUCGGCUGUGUAAACUUUAUGACUUAUGUUUAUGUGUAAGACUUUACGUCAUUUUCUAUGAAUGCUCUAUGAAUGCUUUCGUUGUUGUUUAUGAGAUUUGUUUUCUGAAAUCAAUUCUGGGCACCAACAUAUCAUAGCAUAACCAACAAACCAGUAAUAACAAAAUACAAUUGUUAUAGUUGAAAAUCAUAGCAUUUAAAUCAAACUACGAAUUAGACAAACAAAUCUACAAUAGCGAAAACAAAAAAAGUUAUAGUAAAAUAUCAUAGCGUUUAAAAGUACCUACGAAUUGGACAAUGAUAACAUAUUUCAAAGCUGUAGCAAAAUUAAAUAUAGGAAUACUGAACAGCUAUUGUAGAAGGACAUAUCAUAACUCGAAUUAUGAAUCGUAAACAAUUUGUGACAAAAUAAAAACGUGUUAUUGUUACGUUAAAAACGGCAUUCAUU